GGUGGUGCAUACAUGAUUUGACCAAACCUUUCAGUUUCUCACUACGUCGCGUCUACAUCCAAAUCAGUCUCGUUUGGCGCAGGCCAUAACUCAGGUGCGUUCAGAUGUAUUCAUGUGAGGAUGCGAGCGUUGAUCGCCGUGACCUCAUUUCAACUUACAAUUUUCAGUCUCAAUCUGCCCCACUACCUCCUGGUUUCCGGUCGUCUGCUUCUCCCACUACUGUCGCACUACCUAUUAACCUGGCGGCCUCUUAGUCCGUGUCGUUCGUUACGGCCCGUUAUCGAUGUUUCUCUUGCACAGGGUAAAGAGCUACGCUCGGUCACCUUUUCUCGCAAUCUACAGGAGCACGCAUUCAUGCUGAACAUGGAAGCAACCGUUUGUGCUUUUUGAGUUGCCUGUAGAUCACCUUCAAGGGCGUUCCCUGGUAGUUCAAUUUUAUUUCAAUCGUCAUCCCUUGCCGUGUCUUCCAUGCUCAAUACACCCGAUGCAUU